AUGUCCGCCACAGCCAAGACAUUUGCCCCCUGCACUUUCCAGGUCUAUAUCCCGGGCUACCAUGUCCUGACUACUACACCGACAGUUGGCCUGCCCUGCACUGAACAAGAAGCCUUCCGUCACAUACAGACCUCAUUGGAGGGGAGACUGCCACCCUUCUUUGAUCUCCUCGUUCCGUUGCAACCCCAGAUUGGGCGCGACUACGGGUCCUUGGUUUUAGUCCCAACUUGGCAUGCCCCUAGUGGUAGGCACACCGUUGUCUUUGACAUGAGUGGGAUCGAAGGUCCCGUAUAUGCCAAGGUUGUUGCCAGCCCGGUGACCUUCUGGGAGUGCCAGCCUGAAGCAGCUCGACACUCCGCCAUGACAUGGAGCCUCUUUGUGGCUGGGUCGCUGGCCCCCCAAACACCAGGUGAAAGCUUUCAUGUGGGGACAGGGUACGUUCUUCAAUUCCGGCCGCCUCAGAGUCCACCUGAAUGGUUUGGGCAUCUCGCAGAACGCCUCGGUCACCAUGUGCCAUGGCUUCCGGAUCCGGUGCUCCCUGAAUUCCCACCAGGCAACAGGCUCUUGGUUCUGAGAUCUGAUCAACAUAGGGUCUUUGAUCUAGAUCAGGUUGAUGCCACUCCCUUGACUAGCCGACUCGCUGACCUUGUCGAGCGGACCACGACUGAUGUUCUCUUCAUUCGGCCCCUCGGCCAGUGUCAUCUCAGGGAUUAUUGCCACGAAGGACUCCCAUGCCAGGGGGCGCUUGCUGUCUUUCCGCUCCGGGAUCUUCCGGGCCGUCAAGGGCGCCUACUCUUCCUUGAUGGAAGACCGGCCAACGUUGGGGUGAUCACUAUCUACACUGAAGGCGUAGACGAUCUUGUAGGUUUUGCAGACUGGUUGGGUCUGCGCCCACCUACACUGCAUCAUGUAGUCUGUGCGAGAACUGCUGCGGUAGAGAGGGACAUGUCGCCCGAGGGAUCCGUCCUGAUAUUUGGCUACCGCCUCAAUUCUGAACUCAUUUUAGACGCUCCCCCACCGUCCUCCCUCGCCUCUGACGAUUCCCAGGGGGAGGCUGACAGCGACGAGGAGGAUGCCUCAGAUGGCCAGACUGGACCGGACAGGACGACUGCAGUGCCUGUCAUUGUCUCUCCGGCUGGGCGUAAUUCCACUAAUACUGGCUGUUCUGGCCAAGAAUCGAACACCGACGGGCAGACAAGAACCGACUACCGUUCGGAAUGUGUUGCAGUUGCCUUUUCAAAUGCUCGCCUUCCCACCGAUGAUGCCAUUUCGGGUUCCCCUGUUAUUGCCAAGGCACUUGAGCACAGUUGCACAGGAUAUGAGUCUAUCUCGCAUGCCCUGCUCGACCUCACAAGUUGUGUCACUGGCAAAUUCCUUUCUGUGCCCGACUGGUUGUCCCUGCGUGGAUGCCUGCAUGCUGUCCGGUCUUUGGGGAGCCGGGGCAAAGUAGACCUGGUUACAAAGAUCUGCCGGAGUCUAGAGGACAUCGGCAACACAGCCCUUUUCGCGCCGGCGUGGACUUUGUUCUGUGCCUCUAAGUGCUGCUGCUUCGGUUGGCCUUGCCUUCCUUGGAGCUUGGACUUCUCCGCGCCUGGGCUCUUCGGUGUCACUGCUGUUAGUGCCUUGAGCGCCUACACGGGGCAUCCCCGGCUCCAUUGCAAAAAGCCUACGGUUGGUCAUGCCUUGACUGGCCGUGAGUGCAAAUACCUCCAGGAGCCACAGGGCCGAAACCAAGCCGAGGACAGACACCUCAGUGACCUACGUUCUACCACGCUUGCCCUUGGAGGACAAUGGAUGCCAAGCCUCCCUCCCUUCCUAGAUCUAGGGGGCAUCGUUGACUCUGAUGCAUCUGGCUCUGACAGUGAUCACAGUGACUAUACACAGUGGGUUCACUGCGCGGCGCUCAAAGAGGGUUUCCGCACGGAAAACGCCACUGUUGCCAUUCAAGUUCCGUGCACAGAGGAGGAGCUCGUUGUAGCCUUGCACUCUGCGCGCUGCCCCACCAUACGCAAUGUCUUCCCCUCCUUGCUCUCCAUCCUGCCACAGCCCCGCCCGGGUACUGCCGUCUUCCUUGCGGCGCCGAAUUGGAAUCGCACGUCCCACGGGGUCUGCAUUGACACAUCUUUGCUGGAUCGGCGCCUGUUCACCACGUCUAUUCCAGACUAUGUCUGCAGACAUGAGCUCGUUCAAAUUGCGGGGCUCCCACACUCACUCGAUGUGGAUAUCUGGCUUGUGCAUGAUGAGCUGCUACUGACAACGGAGGAGCCGGCUCAUGUGUUUCCAGGACAGAUGCUCCUUCGGCGAGUGGUUGUGACACCUGACGCCGAGGUCCCUGCACCGUCAAUCGACAGCGCCUACUGCCUG